UAUCAUUAAAUUAUCUUUAACGGUAGCUUAACAAAGUAACUGAUUGAGACCGAAUCCCGCAUGAUUCAUUAAUUAAUCGCAAAUAAUAAUUCAUCAACUAACUCAAUUAUUGGGUUAUAUUAUUCUUCUUCUCUCUGCUGAUAAAACAGUGGAGAGAGGUGGAGUUGUAAUGGCGAUGGCAUCUUCCGGUGGUAGCCAUGCGGUGUUUGUAUACGGAAGUCUCUUAGCUGACGACGUCGUUCAAGUCCUCCUCAACCGCGUCCCUCAAGUCUCCCCUGCUAUCCUUAACGGCUAUCACAGGUUUAGCAUCAAAGGGCGUGAUUAUCCUGCAAUUCUACCUGUAGAAAACAAGAAAGUGACAGGGAGGGUUCUAACCGGGCUUUCUGCUACAGAGUUAGAUAUCUUGGACAUGUAUGAAGACGACAAGUAUGACAAGCGGGUCGUUGAUGUUUCUCUGCUGGAUGCCUCUGAGGUCUUACAGGCUUACGCGUAUGUUUGGGGCAACAGUACUGAUCCUGAUUUAUACGGAGAAUGGGACUUUGAGGAGUUCAAAGAGUCAAAGUUGAAAGAUUAUUUGGAAAGGACCAAGAACUAUGUUAAAGAACUGGAGGAUACAGAAACAUCAUUGCCUUGAUAGUUGAUUCAAUCGUACCGCUAUUCAUAGACAAAAUAAUUAUAAUUAUUUGCAAAUCUUGAUACUUUAUAUAGUUUAUGUAAUUCUUACAUCCAUACAAAAUGUUGUGCAGUCAAAUAAACUAUGGUACCAACUGAUAAUAUGUUGUUAAAGUCAAACAUGGUUGUGUGAUUAUGAAUAUGUGAUCAUUUAUAGCAAGAAAUUGUGCUUGAGAUUUCA